AUGUUUGCUUGUCGCUCGCGGUCUGGCCUGGCACGGCUUCAGGUCCUCCACAGGGUUCCGGUACUAUCCCGAACGAAAUUUUCUACCAUAGCUCCUCUGCGACAGGCAGCUGCUCCCGCCGAAGAUGCCGCCUCCCCCGAAGUCCCCGCAGGCACCCGCCUCCCGCUCUCCCUCCAAGCUAUCUACUAUGAACCAUUCCGCCGGCAACCCACAAUGGGGCUCCCUGUCUGCGACCUCCAGCUACGUUCCUACUCCGUGCGAAAUCUAGAGUUUAUGUGCGACUUUGCCCUCCGCGCUGCCUACUACUGCCAUCUCCCCGCCUCGGGCCCCGUGCCAUUGCCGAGAAAGACGGAAAGGUGGACUGUUCCAAGAGGACAUUUCGUACACAAGAAAAGUCAGGAGAACUACGAGAGAGUUACAUAUAAGAGGUUGAUUCAGAUCAAGGAUGGCCACCCCGAGACAGUGGAGUUGUGGCUGGCGUUCCUCAGGAAGCACCAGUACUAUGGUGUGGGUAUGAAGGCAAAUAUGUACGGUUUUGAUGAGCUCGGUGUGGGUAAACGUAUGGGUGUGUCCCUUGAGACCAUCAAGGACGUUGCCCGCCCCAAGUGGUCACACUUCGGAUCCCGUAAGAGUUUCGAGACCGCUGAGAAGGCAAGGCAGUUGCUUGAAAGCCCAGAGUAUAAAUCUCUAUCACAUGAGGAUGCUUUGAAAGAGUUUACCGAGGAAGAGCAUAUCCAGAAAGCAGCAAAGAGCAUUCUAGAAGAUCCAAGAUACCAUAAGCACGUAGAGGAAACAAAGAAGGAAGCGCCACAGGAAGAGAAGGUAGUAGAGCAAGUUGUGAUGGACAAGAUCAUGACUGAGGAGGAGCAGGUUCAGGCCCAGGCAGUUGAGGAAUCUUUAGAGAAGGCAGAGGAGUUUGCGGAGGUAUCACCAAAGGUUGAUGGCUUAGCACAGGCAGAGGGGAUAUCAAAGAUCGAAGUCGAAGAAGUUCCGCAGGUUUUGGAAACUCUAAGGGAGGAGGAGGCGCCGUUCAAGGUGGAAGAGACUCUCAAGGUGGAGGCAGCUGUAGUUGCUGCAAAGCCAAUUCCUACAGAGACUCCCGAACCCGCCCCAGAAGUCAAGGCAGCACCUCCAGUCGAGGAAGCCCCCGUAGCCGCCUCAGUCCCAGAGGUAGAACCCGUUGAAUCUAUCCUCAAGGCCACCGCAGAGGAACCAGUAGAGGCACAAGCUGCACCAAUCACACCCACUGCAACCGCCGAGGUACAAGCUAUGGAACCCACACCCAUCGAUCCUACGCCCAAGGUAGAAGAGGAGGCACUUAUACCCAUCCUCGAGACCAAGGCCGAAGCGCCCGUAGAAGCAGUGCCCUCCACCCUGAACCAACACCAGAGCCCGUGA